AUUUGUCUAUGUUUUUUGAAUUUUGUCCAAGUUACUCAUUUAUAAUUUUGUGUUAGAGAAGCAAUGGCUCGAAGAAGAAAGUUAAAUAUUCGACAUCGAGCAAGUGAUAAUGAAGGAAUUCAGUCUACUUCAAAUAAUACAAACUCAACCAAUGUAGAAGGAAGUAAUGUUGCAGAAACUCGUUCUAGUCCUUGUCAUGCAGAAGGUGUCAUACAAGUAGAGCCUAAACGGGCUAGAGGUCCUACAAAAAUUAUAGAUGUAUGGGAAAUGGAAGAUGGUGAUUUAAUAAUCGUUAAUUUGGACAAAUAUGGUCGACCCAUUGGCGAGGAAGGGACAACUCUAACUCGUUUCAUUGGUAGCGUAGCUAGAAGGUAUCAAUAUGCUCCUAUCGACUACAAGUCAUGGAAAGUCAUGCCAAAUGAUUACAAAGAAGAAAUGUUGAAAUUAAUAGAGAGUAAAUUUGAGUUUGUUCCUCCAAUAAAUGACUUAACAAGAGAAAUGUUAAAAUCUGAAUUGAAUGAGAAAUGGAGGCAAUGGAAGGGUGAUAUAAAGUCAAUGGCAUAUGACCCUACUAAAACAGAAGAAGAAGUUGCAUCUCUUGUACCAGAUGAUAGGGUUGACCCUAAUCAAUAUCAUGAUUAG